CACCGAAGCACGCGUCGAUCUCGAGCUUUGGACGGCACAUUUCAUAUAAAUAUUAGACCAAACACUUUCAGAGGUAUCAUUACAUCGCUAGCUUCGAUUUAGUGCAGACCUGCAAAACCACCACAAGAUGGCUUUUAAGAUUGUUGUUCUGUUCGCCACCCUGGCUUGCGCCAGCGCCGGUUACGUUCAACCGGAACAUCAACAUCUGUCCUACGCCGCGGCGCCCGUCGCUCACUACUCGUCUGCUCCGGCCGUGAGCUACAGCUCGAUCACCCGUCACGAAACGCCAAAGCUGGCCGUGGCCAAGCAGGUCGCGUACGCCGAACCGGCAGUGCACUACGCCGCCCCGCUCACCAAGACCUACGCCGUCCAUGAGCCCGCCCUGAAGACGGUCGUGUCCCAGCCCGCCUACACCAAGACCGUGUACGCUCAGGAACCGGCCCAUGUGUACGCUCAUGCUGCCCCGGUCGUAGCCGCCAAGACCGUGUCCUAUGCCGCGCCGCAGGUCCACUACUCCCAUGCCACCCCGGUCGUUGCCGCCAAGACCGUGUCCUAUGCUGAACCGCAGGUCCACUACGCUCAUGCCGCCCCGGUCGUUGCCGCCAAGACUGUGUCCUAUGCUGCCCCGCAGGUCCACUAUCAGGCUCCGCUGCUGAAGAACGUCGAGUACACCAAGACGCUGGCGUACGCUCCGGUCGCCAAGCAUUACGUCUCCGAGCCAACCUACACCAAGCACGUCGUCGCUGAGCCGACCUACACGAAGACGCUCCUUGCCGAGCCGGCCUACACCAAGACGACGUACGUGUCGCAGCCCACCUACACCAAGACCCUGGUCGCUGAGCCUCAGUCACUGUACCAGCACAGCUCGCCGGUUUACGCUCAUGCUGCGCCCGUUGUUGCCGCCAAGACGCUGAGCUACGCUCCCGCUGCCCAGGUCUCGCACGUCAGCUACGCCGACAACAGUGCCCAUUACGCCUGGAUUGCAGUCUUUGCGGUGGGUCUAGCAUUAGCUAGCGCUGGGUACGUGGAACACUAUCACGGUGCGUCGAGUUUUAGCUCGUUCGAUCUGAAGUCAUCUCCCAUCGAAGGCAACCGACUGGUACAGACAAAAUCCUAUGCCGCCCGUCCAGCCCUAGUAAAAGGUUCGACCGAUCACGCAGUCGUUAACUACGAAGCUACGAAGCCAGUAAUUAGUACGGUGUACAGUGCACCAAUCACGAAGACGUUGACCUACAGCAGUGCUCCCCAAGUGCAGUAUGUGGCUCCCGUUCAGCACAAGUGUGAGCAGACGGAACACAAGCAGCUCAUCACCCCGGUGCAAACGUCAGUAACGUACGGUGUACCGAUCAGGUCGAGCAACUCCGGCUGGAGUCAGUCAGGAUCGUACGGAUCGGGCUUUAAACCACUCCAGCAAGCUACCCAAGCUCCCGGUGGAUCUUAUGGAACGAGCUCCACAAUUGGACAUACCAUAUCGCAUCACUACACAGCUCCGCAGUCCAGUAGCAUCAUCUACACACCACCUAAAACUACUCAAAUAAUCUCUUCAGCUGGUUACGGAGCUAUUAAUCAUCAGUCAGCUUCGUUUGGUGCUUACAAUCAACAUACUCAACCAGCUCCUAUUGUAGAAACUCUGGUGGAUGUAGCUCCUCCAAAGCUAAUCCAAGCUCAACCAUCUUAUGGAGUCCCUACAACGGACUCCAAUCUCCACCAUGUCGCUCAAGUAACACCAGUGAAAGUAACUUCCACAUCCAGCUACGCAACAGCUGGAAGUGGCUGGAAACAGUCAUCCACUGGCUACGCCACCUCGCACCAAUAUAAAACAGGUUCCAUCCCAAUCAAGUCUACCCCACAAUACGUUGCGCCGGGACUUGCCGCAUCGGGAAGUUCCUCUUGGAGUGGAGCUUCCAAGAACCAUGGUCACAGCUUCACCACCACUCACAGCUACAGCAGCCAAGGCCAGACAAACAACGCCCAACAGUAUCUACCUCCGAAGGCGACUCUCAUUACACCAGUUGCCGUAACAUCCGUACAGUCGAGCCCUGCACGCGAAUAUCUGCCUCCGAGAGAAUAUCUUCCUCCAGCACAGGACAGCAAAGGUACGGCGGCGACCGCGCACAUUGCUACCGGCAACAUUGGCUCCGUUUCGUACGAAGUUCCUCAGAAGCUGUUAGCUGUUAGCAAACUUCCUCAGCAGUAUAUUGUAGCCACCGGCCAUUCGGUCAACCAAGACGAUAUUUUCGAUAUAAAUAUUGCUGUCGGCGGACGAAACAGUAUCAUUCAGGUAGUGAGCUCAUCGACAGUAACACAUCUUACCAGCCAUCCCAUCGUUAAAGGCAUAAUGGCAUUCAAGUUCGUCGUUUUCCUGGCCUCGCUGGCCGUCGCUAGCGCUGGAUACCUGGAGGCUGGCCAUGCCGUCCAGUACGCCGCCCCGGUCGCUCACUACUCGCCGGCCUCGUCGGUGAGCUACAGCACCAUCUCGCAGGCUGCCCCGGCCAAGCUGGCCUACGCUGCCCCGGUCGCCAAGACCAUCUCGUACGCUGCCCCGCAGGUGUAUGCUGCUCCUCAGGUGUACGCCGCCCCCGUCACCAAGACGUACCUGUCCAGCCCGGCCGUCGGAGCGACGCACGAGAGCACCAUCCGCUCGCACGACAGCACCAUCUCGCACUACUCCAAGGCCGUCGAUACGCCGUACUCGAGCGUCCGCAAGUCUGACACCCGCAUCACCAACGAGCUGCCCAAGCUGGCCUACGCCCAGCCCGUCCUGGCCAAGCAGGUUGCCUAUGCUGCCCCGGCUGUCCACGCCACCUAUGCCGCUCCGGCCGUCCACACCAGCUACUCGCAUGCUGCCCCAGCCGUGACCUACGCUCAUGCCGCUCCGGCCAUCCAGACCUAUGCUGCCCCGGCUGUCCACACCAGCUACUCGCACGCUGCCCCAGCGGUCCACACCACCUAUGCUGCUCCGGCCGUCCACCAGACCUACGCUCAUGCUGCUCCGGCUGUGACCUACGCUGCCCCGGCCGUCCACCAGACCUAUGCUGCCCCGGCUGUGCAUGCCACCUAUGCUGCUCCGGCCGUCCAGACCUAUGCUCAUGCUGCUCCGGCUGUGCACACCUCCACCAAGACGCUGACCUACUCGCCGGCCGUCCAGGUUGCGCAUACCACCUACGAGGAUGCUCAUGCCCAUUAUGCCUGGUAAGAAGCGUUCUGUCCGAGCGAAUCUUCCUGAAGCGAUUACAGUGCCCAACAACAACAGCAACAACAACAAAAGUAACCGCUCGACCAACUAUUUAUUAGAACAACAGUAAGGAACUGCAUUGUUAUAUGUUUCUGUUAUAUGCAAACGAUGCGUACAUUCGGCCUGCUCUAAGCACUAGAGCACGGCCCUGGAUGCCAUCUCGAAUGUGACCAUUUUUGUGUGUGAAAUACAAUCCAAUACGAACUGAA